CCCUUUUUUCUUUCCCUUUGUCUGACAGCGCUUCGUUUCUUCUCCACAGCUUCCACUCCCAGAAAUCCUCUCUCUCCGUCCGCCAUUACUGUUUCUCUCUCCUAGGGUUCCGACCAGACGCUAUGAAAUGAAGCGCGUCUUCGAAGAAAUAUCCGACGACGAGUGGGAAAACCACUCCUUCAAACCCUCGCGAGUCCUCAACAAGGACCCACAGAAACCCUCGCCUCCUCCGAUUGAGUCAUUUUCCUACAAUUCCUCCUCGAAGCAGGACGACGACGACGAUUGCCUCGUGGUGAGUGAUGAUUUAGAGGAUGACGACGCCGAUGUCGAGAAGGUGAGGCCGGCGAGACGCAGCCGUCGGUUCGUGAUCGACGACGAUGAGGAGAGCGACGUGGAGCUCCCCGAAGUGGUCGAGGUGAAGUCGACGACUGAGGAUGAGGAGGAGGAAGAUGAAGAAGGAGGUGAGGAUGAGGACGAUGUGGUUGGGAAGGCUUUGCAGAAGUGUGCGAAGAUCUCGGCUGAGUUGAGGAAGGAGCUCUACGGCUCUUCUGUCGCGGCCUGCGAUGGCUAUGCGGAAGUGGUGGCUUCUUCGGUCAAAAUAGUAACUCAGGAUGAUAUUGAGGCAGCAUGCAGAUCGGAGGAUUCAGAUUUUGAGCCCGUUCUGAAGCCAUACCAGUUGGUUGGUGUCAACUUUCUUCUGCUGUUGCAUCGAAGGGGUAUUGGGGGAGCUAUAUUGGCCGAUGAGAUGGGUCUUGGGAAGACUAUUCAGGCUAUCACAUACUUGAUGUUAUUGAAACAUUUAAACGAUGAUCCUGGUCCACAUUUGAUUGUAUGUCCUGCUUCAGUGUUGGAAAACUGGGAAAGAGAACUCAAGAAAUGGUGCCCGUCAUUUUCUGUUCUUCAGUACCAUGGAUCCGUACGAUCGGAAUAUGCAAAACAGUUGAACUCAUUGUCAAAAGCUAGAUUGCCACCUCCUUUUAAUGUUCUUCUUGUUUGCUAUUCGCGUUUUGACAGACACAGUGCACGGCAGAAGGAUGAUCGUAAAAUGCUUAAACGUUGGCGUUGGAGCUGCGUACUCAUGGAUGAGGCCCAUGCUUUGAAGGAUAAAAACAGUCAUAGGUGGAAAAACUUAAUGGGUGUUGCACAAAAUGCAAAUCUGCGGUUAAUGCUGACAGGAACACCACUACAAAAUGAUUUACAUGAAUUAUGGUCUCUGUUAGAAUUUAUGAUGCCUAAUAUUUUUUGUACUGAGGAUGUCGACUUGAAAAAAUUAUUAAAUGCUGAUGAUAGAGAUUUAGUUGGCCGCAUGAAGUCCAUUUUGGGACCAUUCAUAUUGAGACGUCUAAAAUCUGAUGUUAUGCAGCAACUUGUUCCAAAAAUACAGAAGGUUGAGUAUGUGUUGAUGGAAAAGCAACAAGCAGAUGCCUAUAGUGAAGCCAUUGAGGAGUAUCGUGCAGCUUCACGUGCUCGCAUGGCAAAAAAUUCAGACACGAAUCCAACCAAUGUUUUCGGGGUGCUUCCACGAAAGCAAAUCUCCAGCUACUUUUUCCAAUUGCGUAAGAUUGCAAGUCACCCUUUAUUGGUGAGGCGUAUUUACAGUGAUGAGGAUGUUGUUCGUUUUGCUAGAAGGUUAUAUCCAAUGGGUGCAUUUGGCUUUGAAUGCUCUGUAGACAAAGUAAUUGGCGAAUUCAUGAAUUAUAAUGACUUCUCUAUCCACAGGUACUCAGGUAACAGAUAGACAGACUAUUGUUGACACAUUCAAUAACGACACUUCGAUAUUUGCAUGCUUGCUCUCCACCAGAGCUGGAGGGCAGGGU